AUGAAGAGGAAUAAUCGAAGAAAGCACCUUGCCAGUUUCGUUCAGCAGAUUGCUAGCAUUACGACUCGUGUUGCACCCUUUCACGAGGGUAUUGAGCUAAGAUUCAUCAAUGCGGCAACAAUGCCGGCCAUGCCUAACCCCAGCUUGAACCAGAUCAAUCAAAUCCUCGAGCAGAAUCCUUUCAAUGGAUGGACAGAGAUCGGUAUCAAUCUGAAGAAAAAGGUACUCGAGGAGAAUGUCUAUCGUUGGCUUGAAGAGGACAACCUGCAACGCCCUGUACUGGUUCAUGUCAUCACAGAUGGUAGACCCGAUGGGCCGGAAAGGUCCCUUGAAAGAGAAGACACCCUGCCAGAGGUUAUUGUAGAAUGCAGCAAAAAGCUAGCAGAACAUGGUUAUGAGAAGGAUGUUGUACGCUUCCAAAUCAGCCAGAUUGGCAACGAUCCGAGUGCUGAAAUGUAUCUUAAUAAUCUGGUCAACAACCCCGAGCUCAACCUCUUGAAUACCUUAUAUAUCACGGCUGGUGAGUGA